AUGGAGCGUACGCAGAUGAACCAGUCUGUGCCUUCGAAAUAUCACCGCCCCGAGGCAUCUUAUAAAAGCUGUUCACAGUCCUUGCCGCUGGAUAUACUAUGGCUACCACGUUCUUCGUUUCGACCUGCGGAAGGCGAAUUAGCAGACUGCGUGUUAGUAGUGGGCGUGUCGAGACCAAAAUUAGCUGCGGCCCUACUCUCAGUCACGCUACUGUCACUCUUUCUCACCUUCCAUGUGCUAUAUGACAGUGCGUUGUACAGUAUACAGGCAGCAAGUAUGGUCUCGGCCACUCAUGAAAAUCGUAAUAUCCUUCAAAAUCAACAAAGUAACACCCGUAACAUAAACCAUCCAAUGGCUUUACGGAAACGACUAAAACCAGCGCGACCUCCCCGACCUGCACGAAGACUGCCUCAGGCCUUAAUAAUUGGAGUACGCAAAUGUGGAACACGAGCUCUAUUGGAAAUGCUGUAUCUACACCCCAUGGUACAGAAAGCGUCAGGGGAAGUCCACUUUUUUGACCGGGAUGAAAACUACGCCCUUGGACUUGACUGGUACAGGAGUAAAAUGCCACUUUCUUUCAGGGGUCAGAUUACAAUAGAAAAAAGUCCUAGCUACUUCGUCACACCUGAGGUACCGGAACGUGUUCGCGCAAUGAAUUCCUCCGUGCGUUUAUUGCUGAUAGUGCGAGAACCAGUGACACGUGCCAUUUCGGACUACACGCAACUACGAAGUCGAACUACGCCGUCAGCCCCAGCUCACGCCUUGUCAUCUGGCCACACUCCACAUCAAGUGUCCGAUGCUGCUAAGCCAUUUGAACAUCUCGCGAUUUCACCAGACGGAUCUAUAAACGUAGCUUAUAGGCCAAUCGCAAUAUCUCUAUACCACGCGUACCUUCACCGGUGGCUUGAAGUAUUUCCCCGUGAACAAAUACUGGUAGUAAAUGGAGACCAGCUUAUUGAAGACCCCGUGCCUCAAUUGCGUCGCAUAGAAAAGUUUCUUGGACUCGAACAUAAAAUUGGGAGGAAAAAUUUUUACUUCAACGAAACAAAAGGAUUUUACUGCUUACGAAAUGACACUACAGACAAAUGUCUCAGAGAAACAAAGGGCCGCAAGCACCCUAGAGUUGAUCCCGCUGUAGUCACCAAGCUUCGCAAAUUUUUCGUCCAACACAACCAACGAUUUUAUGAUCUCGUAGGUGAAGAUCUCGGAUGGCCAGAAGAUUAG